AAGGAAUCGCCUGACAGCCUUUACAAAGCCAGAGACUCCCAUCCUAUUCCGAGAAAUCACAGACCGCUUUACUGUCAAACCAGACACAAUCUCUAUAAAUUACUGCUUGUGAGACUGAAAUAGCUCUUGGGUUUGGCGCGGGGCACUCGGGCCGAAUUACUUAUCCACCUUGUCGUACCAAUUUCCUCCAUUGCCUCUUGCUACUACGCUAUGACGAGCCCUUGAAUUACCCCAGCCAUCACACACGACGCCAAGGUCUAACUACGGUCAUCAUAAAAAAGUGCUGGUAGUAUAUGAAAGUGCUAUUUUUCUUUCUAGUGGUAUUUAGAAGUUGCCCGGACCCUCAGGAUAGUGGUUAUUGCUGGGUGAGAAACCUUUCACGAGUGAACAAACGGGAGCCUAAACAAUGGCAGUGGUGGAGUGGAAUUUGUUCCCUCCAAUGUUCUGUGUUCGAAAACCCUCAACUAUAACCCAGGCAUAUGAUUGAUAGUAUAGACACUUGCAAGACUCGCGGCUAUGAAUGGUGGAAGGACAUAUUCGAGAGCGAGUCGAUGGCUAGUAUUGGUGUGAUGGGUUGGUUAUUGUCCUGUCGACAAGCGUACACUAAGGGUAUGCGCGUCUUAUUUUCUACUACCAGAUUCAUCAUGUCGAACCCCGAACUCAUAUUGAACCUGCCGAGGCUCCUUGUACCAGAUUACUUGGUAUGGAUUAGGAGCCUCCUUGUACCAGAUCACUUGGUAUGGAUUAGGAGCUUGGAGAUGACUUGGAAAGUCCACCCUUUCUGGGAGCAGGAGGAUGAUGAUUCAGUUUUGACCGACCAUGAUACUUUCGUGAGUCUAAUACAGGCUACUCCCGAGACGUUCCCAUUGUUACAGCAUCUAUUCGUCUCGCUGCAAGGGGAUAUGUACCCAGAUCCCGAAAUACGAGUCGAGAAAGAAUCCAUUUCCUCUGACGAGGCAUAUAACAAGGUAGAAGAGGUGGUUAUGAAGUCAAUGGAAUAUAUGGUGAAAAGAUUCGAUCGGCUCAAAGUUGGUGUCAUUGGCCUUCCAUCUUCUUGUUAUGGUCCCAGAAAGCAACAUGCAAUGAAUGCUGGGAUAGAGGUCUUUGAGUCGCGUCACGGCAUGGGAGAAACAUUCUGGCGGGAAGUUCCCGAGAUUCAGAGUAAAGACUACUGGAUCAGGAUCGGCCAUCGUGAUAUGGGGGAGGGAACUACGACAGGAGAGCAUGUAGUAUGGGUUUUGUUGCGCCACCACAGGAGCCACUUGACUGCUUGUACGGUAAUUCACUCUCUCCGUGGUAAAAUACCGAUGCCGUGUGAAGAAUUAUAGAUACAUAGAUAGUUUUGCACAAGGUGCAUUAAUAAAAGAAGG